AUGGCAGCCGCUGCCUUUGUGGACCACUUCGCCGCUGAGUGCCUCGUCUCCAUGUCUAGCCGCGCGGUCGUGCACGGACCACGGGAGGGACCAGAGUCCCAGCCCGAGGGCGCGGUCGGUACAGCCGCUUCCACGCUGCCCUGUGUCGAGGAGCGCCGCGACGGCAAGGACAGCUCCUCACUUUUUGUAGUGGCGCGGAUCCUGGCGGACCUCAAUCAGCAGGCGCCGGCGCCUGCUCCGGCUGAACGGAGAGAGGGGGCUGCAGCCCGUAAGGGGAAGACCCCCUGCCGCCUGUCGCCAGUGCCGCAGCCUGUGCCACCCACACUAGAGCCGGCCUCACCAAGUGGCAGAGGAGCGGCGGCCGCACCCCCUAGUCCCUCGUGGAGUGAGCCCGAGCCCGGGCUAGAGCCUGAGAUUAUAGAAAGCUGCGAGUCUGGCCUGAGACAAAGGGGCCGGAGAAGCCGAAGUCGCGCCGACCUCGAGUCCCCGCAGAGAAAGCACAAGUGCCACUACGCAGGUUGCGAGAAAGUUUAUGGGAAAUCCUCGCACCUCAAAGCACACCUGAGAACUCACACAGGUGAGAGGCCCUUCGCUUGCACCUGGCAGGACUGCAACAAGAAAUUUGCAAGAUCCGAUGAGUUGGCCCGGCACUUCCGCACGCACACGGGUGAGAAGAAGUUCAGCUGCCCCAUCUGUGAGAAGCGCUUCAUGCGUAGUGAUCACCUGACUAAGCACGCGCGCCGCCACGCCAACUUCCACCCAGGCAUGCUGCAGAGGCGCGCUGGGGGCUCUCGGACCGGCUCAGUCAGCGACUACAGCCGCUCCGAUGCCAGCAGCCCCACCAUCAGCCCAGCCAGCUCGCCCUGA